AUGUCUACCGCAGUUAGUCAUUUUCACCAUAGCAUGGAAGAUGUUCAUUCGAAAAACUUGCCUUCUUUGGCACAGAUAAUGCCAAUGAAUUCAAUCGGCAAUUCUGCGAAUAAUACUACAAAUAACGGUUCUAUCUCUGGUGUUACUGGAAGUAACAGUGUCAAUACAAACAAUGCACCAUUGUCACCGACACUUCUUCUCAUGGCUCCUACUUUUGAUCAAAAAAUGUACCAACCAGUAUCAUCUCCAGAAAUCUUUUCCAAUAAUUCUUCAGCAAGUACAACUCCUGCGUCGUCUUUCAGCAGCCAGGGAUCUGGCACCUCGAUCAUUGAAGAGAAGUGUACUUGUAAAUCAAGCCCCAACAAAAUUCCAAGACCAAGAAAUGCAUUUAUUUUGUUUAGACAAAAAUAUCACCAGGCAGUAUUGGAUGAAGGUGGAGUUAUUAGAACCAACCCAGAAGUUAGCAGAGAAUUAGGAAGAAGAUGGAGGGCUUUACCACCUGAUGAGAAAGAUCAUUGGAACAAUUUGGCAGAGGAAGAAAAGAAAAAUCAUGCAAGGAAGUAUCCUGGUUAUAGGUAUGCCCCAAGAAGAAACGGAAAAAAUAAAGGAUGCCCAGCUUGUCGUCAAAAGGCAUUAAGGCAGCAACAACUUCAAUUACAUAACCAACAGAUGUUGCAAAUGCAACAAGAUCAGUACCAGCAAUACUUUCAACAAACACAGCCGCAGGCUGCUCAACCACAACAGAUCCAAGCGCAUCAGCAAGUUCCACAACCACAACAACAGCAGCAAAACCCACAAGCACAACAAGCUAAUUCUCAACCCUUUACACAAUUUGUUCUUUCUAAUCCGUAUCAACAAUUCACAACGUCUCAAUAUAACACAGACUUGGCUCAGCACGAGAAACUCAGUCCGUUGUCUGUGAUGCCUGGCCAAUUGAACCAAGAUUACAUGGGGAAUCAACAAUUCAUAGUGAACUACGACGUUGGACAUAUACAAGGUGCUGCACCACCGAUUUCAGCUCCUAUGCCUGGCCCAGCUCAACUGGCUCAAAUGCAAAGGUAUGGAUCGUUACCAACUCCGGUUUCCGCAACGAACUACGGCUUUGAUGUAUUCAAUAUGCCAUCUCAGCAGUGA